UAAUAAGAAGGGGAUGAAAAAGACAAGGAAGGAUGAGAGUCAUGAGACUGAAGAUGCAGAGGAGGAUGAGGUUGAUCUUGAUUGUGAUGGAAGUGGAAGUGGAAGCAGUGCGAGUGAAGGAGACUCUUCUCCACCACCACCUCCUCCUCCUCCUCCUCAUAGAGGAAGAGGUCGGCCGCGUACUAAAAGAAAUGCAAAUCUGCAAAUGUCAGGUAAUAAGAAGCAGAUGAAAAAGACAAGGAGGAGAAAGAGUGUGAGGAAACAGAAGUAUAGAGACGCAGAUCAUGUACAAUACCGAUGUAAUAUGCUGGCGUUCCUCAAAAUAAUGCAGAAAGUAAAAGAACGCUUGACCAAAAGCCACUUGGAGUUGCUACAGCAAACUCCGUUUUGGCCAUUGAUAUCGGCAUUUUACAAUGGAAUGAUUUCUGAAAGUGACUGCAAGAAAUCAGAGAGUGACAUCAACGACAUCAUCCGUUGCUACAACUCGAACUCAAUGUGUUUUGAGUUUGGUAGCACAUCUGCGUCCUUAACGCCAGAGGACAUCUCCGUGAUUUUGGGGCUGCCACAAGAAGGUGAAACACUAAAGGUAAGAGGGCUUUUUGGAGUCAACAGAUACACAUCGGAUUUUGUUGAAAGAUAUUUCAUGGAUGAAAAGAGAGUGAAGAAAACAAUGGUGGAUGAUGGUCUGGAUAAAGCAUUGCAAGGGAAAAGAGAAACAGAUCGGGAGGAUGUCGUGCGCCUUAUUAUACUAGAGUUAUUCAUCACAUUCUUAUUCUGCAACGCGGGUAGUACUAUUGGAUGGAAAUUAGUCAGGUGCUGUGAAGAGUUAGAAAACAUGUCAAGAUAUUCAUGGGCAAAAGCAGUUGCCGACUUUCUAAGCAGCACAUUGGAGAAAACUUGUGGGCAGUACGGACCAUAUUCUACUGGUGGAUGUGUGAUUGUCCUAUUGUUUUGGUUGUGUGAGAGAACUAAUCUUAUACAACCAGUUGAAGGAAGGGAGAGACAUACACCAGCCCUUAUAAAAUGGAACAUUCAGGAGCUACACUUAAAACUGCAACGAAUGAAGGACUUUGAACACCUUGGGCGGAGUUUUGAGGGGGCCAAGGAGAACCAUGAGAUAAAUGGACAAGACAAGGAGGAAGAUGGAAAGGGGAUAGGAGAAAAUGAAGAAACAGAAGAAGAAGAUAGAAGAGAAGAAACUGAAACAGAUAGAGGCGAAGAAAGUGUUUCUGAUGACAUAGUGGGUCCAUUGGAAGACGAACUUCGAGCUCAAAUGUCUCACUUCUGCCAAUCUUCUCCUAUUUUAACAAGGUUGAACAAAGACAAUGAGGACUUGGGAAACAGAAAAGCAAAAGAUUUACGGGAUAAGGUUCAAAAUGCGAGGAUGCAAGUUGAAAGAGCUCAAAUAAAAGUGGACAGACUAGCUGAAAAAUUGGAGAGGAAGAAGAAAAAAGCAACAAGAUUAAAGAGAAAACUAAAAGAAGAAAAGAAGGAGAAGAGAAGGCUGGAAGAGGAGAAUGAAAUCUUAAAUGCCGAGAAGAGAUCAUUGUUCGAGUCUGUGACAACGCUGAUGAAAAAGAUGGAAGAAACUCUUGAUGCUGAAAGGAAAGCGUUGAGGAACCUAGUCAAAGAGAAAGCGGAGGUUAUUAAAGAAAACCAACAACUCAAAGAUCAGCUCAAUCAAGGUAGCCGUACUGCAGCUAAGUUGGGAGACAACAUACAAACUCAGGUCUCUCCCGAGCAGUCCCAUGUGACAAAUCCUGAAAAGAGCAUCCAAAAGAGGGCAUUAGAUCCUGGAUUUGAUUGUGACAAAGGGCGUGAGAAAAAUAGGAAACUAGGAGAUGAUAAGAAUAGAGAAAUAGAGGAUGUUCAAUCUGAUGCCAUAUUUUCAGGCAGUUUCGGAUGAAGAAGUU